UCACAAAUAUUUUACUUAAUAUUUAUGUUAUCAAGAUUAUUUAAAAUUAUGAAGCAAACCUUCUGGUGAAUUAUAUACAUUUUUAGCGACGCGAAUCUCCGUUGUGGAUUUACCUAACCGUCUAGUUGUUGAUAGAAACAUGGCGUCCCAGUGCAGCCUUUCUACUUUAUUUCCCAUCCAAAGUCAGCUGGAUUUCGCCUUAGAUGACGCUACAACACCACAGGAGAAAGAAAAUCUCGUGCUCCAGUAUUUGAAAAAACUAGACGAGAGAGAGGACCUGAAGAUACCCGAUUUCCCGACAGGCUUGGAAUGGCUGAACACUGAGGGGCCUCUGUCUUUGAACGAGGAGCUGGCAGGGAAAGUGGUGGUGCUGGACUUCUUCACUUACUGCUGCAUCAACUGCAUGCACAUCCUGCCCGAUCUGCACCAGCUCGAGAAGAAACACUCUGUUAAAGAUGGAUUGGUUGUUGUUGGUGUACACUCUGCCAAAUUCCCCAAUGAAAAGGUCCUGGACAAUGUUCGCAGUGCUGUUCUCCGCUAUGACAUCUGCCACCCAGUGGUGAAUGACAGCGAGGCGCACCUCUGGCAUGAACUGGAGGUGUCCUGCUGGCCCACGCUGGUCCUGCUUGGACCGCGCGGCAACCUGCUCUUCUCCCUUGUGGGCGAAGGCCACCGCGACAGGCUGGCGCUUUUUACCGAUAGCACCCUCCGUUACUACGGGGAGCGGGGCGUGCUGAAGCCUCACCCAGUGGGGAUCAAGCUGUACAGAGACUCCCUGCCACCCAGCAUCCUGUCUUUUCCUGGGAAGGUGGCUGUGGACGACAGCAAGAAAAGGCUGGCCAUAGCGGACACUGGGCAUCACCGGAUUCUGCUGGUGUCCUCUACCGGGCAGCUGACACAUGUCAUAGGAGGACCUGAAAGUGGGAGACAAGAUGGUGACCUGUCUGAAGCUUCCUUUAACUCCCCCCAAGGUGUAGCCAUUAAAGGAGACACAGUAUACGUGGCUGACACUGAGAACCACCUGAUUCGAAAGAUUGACCUGUCAGAGGAAGUCAGCACUCUUGCUGGCGUAGGAACUCAAGGCACAGACAAAGAGGGUGGGGCCAUGGGACCUCAGCAGCCAAUCAGCUCUCCUUGGGAUGUGGCUCUCGGCACUGCCGGCGGCGUUGAAGAUAACGUGUUGUGGAUAGCCAUGGCAGGGACCCACCAGAUCUGGGCUUUGUUCCUAGCAGAUGGAAGUCUGCCCAAAGGGAGUGAGUUCCAGGCGAGGACGUGUGUGCGAUGGGCAGGAAGUGGCAGCGAGGAGAACCGAAACAACUCCUACCCCCACAAAGCCAGCUUUGCUCAGCCCUCGGGCCUGGCUUUGGCCCCACAGGAGCCCUGGAGCUGUCUGUAUGUGGCCGAUAGUGAAAGCAGCACCAUCCGCACGCUCGCGCUGAAGGACGGAGGCGUCAAGCUGCUGGUUGGGGGGGAGCGAGACCCCUUGAACCUCUUUGCUUUCGGGGAUGUAGACGGGAAAGGAGUGGACGCCAAGCUGCAGCAUCCUCUCGGUGUUGCCUGGGCUCCCGAACAAAGCCUGCUCUAUGUGGCCGACUCCUACAACCACAAGAUCAAGGUGGUGGAUCCAAAGACAAAGCAGUGCAGCACAUUAGCAGGGACAGGGGAGGCUGGAGAUACUCUGGGCCCGGAAUUCAACAAAUCCUGCUUCAAUGAACCUGGAGGAAUUUGUGUCAGUGACAACGGGAAGAUUAUUUAUGUGGCAGAUACCAACAACCACCAAGUCAAAAUUCUGGACCUGGCCUCCAAGACUGUCUCACUGUUCCCCAUAUCCAUGGAGUGCACAGACUCAGUACCCACAAAAACUUCAGCUCCUGCCAAAGCCCCCACACUGCCAAAAUCAGCUGCCAGGAAAGCAAUGCCACCAGUAGCAGUGUCUGCGGGCCAAACUCUCAUCCUGUCACUGACCCUGUCUCUUCCAGAAGGAACCAAACUCACUGACGAGGCCCCCAGCUGCUGGGCUCUCUCAGCUGAGGGUAACGAGUGGCUGCUAGACAGUCAGGUGCUCACAGGUGACAUUUUGGAUCUGUCGAGGCCCCUCUGCAUCUCAACCAAACUUCCAGCUGUUGUGAAGGACUCCAACAGCAAUCCAAGCCUCACCUUGGGCGUAUGGGUGUACUACUGUAUGGAAGCAGGUAAAGCCUGUAUGAUGAAAGCUGCCUCCUUCACUCAGCCUCUUCAAAUAAGUGCCAACCCCAGAGAGGAAGAGGUCACUGUGGCGUUGACUCAUGCCUUCUAAAACCGCUUACUCAUCUCAGUCAAAACAGCCUCUGAAUCCACAACCCCAUCUCAUGUUUUGUUCAUAGUUCUGGAAGAAGAAAACACAGAUUGUUUCUGACGGAGCUGUUACUUUUGACAAAAAUUGAUUUCAUACAAACCUGAUUUUCAGGAGAAUUUCAUUUCAAACUACUCAGAGGCCCCUUCUACGAAACAUAAUGCAUCAGUGCUGUAAUGUUCCUGACUAUACGUGACAGUUAUUGAUAAGGAAUGCAAAUAGAUACAUCCCCAGGCAUCUUAUAAAGGCUGUACAGCAAACCCUGCUGCUUAAAAAUCUAUAUAAUAAUAUAUUAAUACAACAAAUUCUCUGGGACAGGCUGUACUGGCUACGUGUAAGAAAACUGUCUCCAUUAAAAAAGACACCUACUUAUUUAUCAGACACAUUACAUAUACACUGAAAAUAGAAUCAUCUCUGUGGGUUUAAUGAAAUACUAAGAAAUUAUGAUUAUCUAACUGGCAGGCGGUGAAGAUGGUGUCAGUGACAAAUAAACAGGCUCUCUCUGUUGAAUGUCUGUGGAGGAUUUAAAGUGAAAACAAAGGAAAAGUCUGAAGCCUCUGAUUAGCCUCAUAUUUUCACCUGAACCACCAGAUGGGUGUGAACUUCAAAAGACAGGACACAAAAAUUAAUCUAUUUCUCACUAAAAUUAAUGCAUAAUUUUCCAUCUCCACUUUCCAUUAGUAAUAAAAUAGUUUAAAAAAGGGACAUUUUAUUGGAGCUGAUAUUUGAUUCAGGACUCAGAGGAAGACGUUUUAUUCUGCCUUUGCUCGCACAAGCAUUGCUUUUGAAUGCUAAUAUUGAGUUACAGCCAGUGUCUCAAAAAUAUGAUAUUAAAAUCCAAAGAGGGAAACCUUAACUUUAAUCUCAGUCCUGGUAGUGUAAGUGGAAAAGGACAGAAAUGAAACUUUAUGAGAAGUUAUUUAUGCAGAGACACACAUUUUUUAUUAUCAUUAAUAUAUUAAGUAUGUCUAGCACCACAGUGUUAUUUAACAUCUUUUCUUUGUACUUUUUUUGAAUAAUAUAUUUCCACGUAUAAGUGUGUGGUUGCUUUAGUUUACAGUCAGUCAGCUUCAGUGGUGCCUUCAGGCGCACUAUUCAGGCUUUCAUAAAUAUUUGUCUACAUACUGUAGUCUUAAGUUGUUUACAAAGUACAUAGUUGUUUAAAGUUGACAUUUAUGGCUUAAAGCUUCCUUCUGUGUAUCCGCUCUCCUUUUGACUGAUUAUACUUUUUAUUAUGAUUAUUCAUGACACAAUGAGCUCUUUUGAUUUAGACCAUAAUAUAUUGCUGUUAUCUAAGUAAUGAAUAAAGUGCCUGUUUUCGAUAAGGAGAAGCAACCCCUUGUGAACUGAUGACACUGACUGAGUACUGUUUGCUGCGCGCACUGUGAGAUAUCAAGAAAACAAAGUCAUAUUAAAAUCUCUCUAUCAGGCAUUUAUACACUUCAUCUCGACUCCACAAAGGGAACAUAAUAUGAAAGAGAUGCUCUAAUGAUGAGGCUGUAAUAUGUUGUGUAAUAUAAUAUGAUAAUGUGGCAGUUGUUAUUGUUAUUGUCAUUUUCCCUUAUUGAUUUUCAAAGUUAUGAGCCGUUGUCAGAAAUGGGCCACAGAGUGUUUUGAUUAUCAUCGCUGUCAUCAUGUCUCAUAACGUAAUUGUGCUUGUCAGACUGUUUUUAUUUGGUUUGGAUCACUCGGCCCAAGUGCCUUGGAAAAGGGGGCGUUACUGUAUGAAUGGUGUGGACCGAUGACACUGUAUCAGAAGCAAUAACAAUAUAUUCCUCUAAUGGGAGAAGUGUUUUAUUCCCACCAGUUACUUAUUUCAAAUGAACUGCAAAAGGUUUUGCCAGUGUGUUUUCUCAGCUCUGUGAUCCCUCUGGCAUUUUUUAAUGAGCAGUAAUGCGCUUGAGUGGCUUCUGGUGGGCAUUAAGUUCUUGAUGGUGUUUUCCAGCUCUCACUUGGUUUCUUCUCACUGUACUGCCUUUUCAGGCACAUUUUGGCACACUUUUGUCUUCAGGGGUACCUUGUUAAUACGCUUGCUUUUCAGUACUGCACUUUAAGAUGCAGCAAAGCAAAAAAAACAAAUAAAGCAUUUUUAUGUA